AUGGCUGAAGAUAAAGCACCGGAGGUGCGUCGUGUAUUACUGGGCUUAGUAGACAGAGAAGUUGUGCAAAUGAGAAUAACUGGGAGUGGACAUCGACUGGCACGGUAUAAGCGAGCGGCUGCUUCAGUUGAGGCGCACACUGGGCCAAUUAGUAGCUUAGCAGAGCUGCUAGCGAUUAAACAUAUUGGGAAGUCUACUGCGGCCGAGGUACAGAGGUUGCUUAUUGAAAGUGGCUUGGGCGGACUAGCUGGCGAUGCAACAGUGGUGGAUGUGGAUAGCGGUCGAGACCAAGCUGAAAGUGCGACUCAGCCUAGUAAGAUUGGGGCGUUUCAAGUGAAUUAUCAGCAGCAGGUGGUGCAAAUAGGUGGGAAUCGGAAGAGCUGGAAGCGGGUCUUUGGAGUUGUGGUGGGGGGCGAGGAGUGGAAGGUUCCUGUUCUAUUUAGCUUGGCCCAUUUAGUAUUGCAAGUGCUGGAAGAAGAGUGUGUUAGCUAUAAUGACACGGUUAAGUCAGUGAGCUAUCUACGAUAUAAAUGCAUGGACCAGGCUCUGCGACACCAGGUCGAGUACGGGACGCGGCUAGUAGCUGAGUGCACCGAGAAGCGAGUUAAAGGAAUAGUCCAAUUACUCAUUCGACAUGGUCUAGUAAAGGGGUUAGAUAAUUUGACUCCUACUAUAGCUGGCCGUCGGACAGCUCUGUUUAUUAAGCAAGCUGUUAAUUGGCAGGAGCAUUCUUGCUCUUUAGCCACAGCAACCAUGAACUGGGCAAGAAUGGGCAGUACAAACACGAUCUGCAAUGUAAAUAGCCAAAACGCCAAUGCAAACGCCAAUCUCAGUGUUCCUAUUACUCUUUCUCGGCCGGUCUCCUCUACCGUAACCAAUACCUUAAGUACACCGCUUAAUCCUAGUCUUACUCAAUCUAGUCCUAACUCAGCCUCGCACUUGACCAUUCCGGUCUUAUUGGUGGACAGCCGAGAGCGAGCGGGCACUAACCCAUUCUUCUUUGGAAGCUCAUUAGGACGACUGGGUGUGCCGAUUGAGAAUCGAGUUUUGCCCAUUGGUGAUUUUGUUUGGAUGGGCGUGAAUGGAUCAACUGAACUCUUUCUGGGGACCAUUGCCGAACGGAAGACAAUUAGAGAUUUGAUGCACUCACUUAGGGAUGGCCGGUAUAUGGAACAAAAACACCGAUUGAAGGCCAUUACCGGUCGCAAGAUCUACUUAAUAGAAGGAAGUAUUCCACUGGCUAAUUUAGCCGUAACAAAGAGUUAUUUUACCGCGAGCUUUUCCUUAAUCAUCGAAGGAUUCCUUUUACUGCCCACUAGAUCCAUUGAAGAGACCCUAGCAGUCCUUCAUGGCAUUAGUGCCUAUUUAGCCGAGAAAAUAGACAAUAAUCAUAUGCAAGUAGAUAGUCCCUUAAGUAGUUUAUUGCUGCAUGCCCAAAAACGAAAGACCGAAGAUUGGGCGCCAAAAGACCGAAUGAUCUCCUAUAUCAGUGCUAUUAGAGGCAUAUCAUUUUUCGCGGCUUCACAAAUAGUUGCUCUCUAUCCGAGCUGGUCCAAGCUUACACAAGCCGCCCAGAGUCCCAGCAUCCUACUACCACAAUUGGCUGAAAUCAAAACAGCACCAGAAGGCAAGGCAUUAGGACGUCGCCGCGCACAAGCCUUCCUUACAGCUCUUGGCUACUAA